CAAAAUUCACUAACAAGAAGAACACUUACACAACUCGUAACUAUAACAACAAUUCAUCAAAUCACUUCCGAAUAAUGCAAAUCUCAUCAUCAUCAAUUUCAUUCUCCUCUAUUUAUGUUGAUGAAUCGGCACUAAUCACAAUAACGAGUGUAGUAGUAGUGGUAGUAGUAGUGUUACUAAUUCAAUGGUGGCUGCACCGGAAAGAGCAAAGACGACGGCUACCUCCUGGCUCCAUGGGGUUGCCUUACAUCGGAGAGACACUCCGCCUCUACACAGAGAAUCCCAAUUCCUUCUUCGCCACUCGCCAAAACAAGUAUGGGGAGAUAUUCAAGACACACAUAUUGGGAUGUCCAUGUGUGAUGAUAAGCAGUCCAGAAGCGGCUCGAAUGGUGUUAGUGAGCAAAGCUCACUUAUUCAAGCCAACUUAUCCACCUAGCAAAGAGCGUAUGAUUGGACCAGAGGCUCUCUUCUUCCACCAAGGUCCGUACCAUUCUACCCUCAAGCGGCUCGUUCAGUCUUCCUUCAUGCCUUCUGCUCUCAGACCAACCGUUGCUCACAUCGAGCUCCUUGUCCUCCAAACUCUUUCCUCUUGGACAUCCCAAAAGUCCAUCAACACCCUCGAAUACAUGAAACGAUAUGCAUUCGAUGUGGCGAUCAUGUCAGCGUUCGGGGACAAAGAGGAGCCCACUGCAAUUGAAGCAAUUAAGCGUCUCUAUCAACGUCUCGAAAGAGGUUACAACUCCAUGCCUCUUGACCUACCGGGCACACUUUUUCAUAAAUCCAUGAAGGCAAGAAGAGAAUUAAGCGAGGAACUAAGGAAAGUGAUAGAGAAGAGAAGAGAGAAUGGAAGAGAAGAAGGAGGACUAUUGGGAGUACUUCUCGGAGCAAAGGAUCAAAAACGCAAUGGCUUAAGCGAUUCACAGAUCUCCGACAACAUCAUUGGUGUUAUCUUCGCCGCCACUGACACCACCGCUUCUGUCUUAACUUGGCUUCUCAAGUACUUACACGACCACCCCAAUCUACUCCAAGAAGUUUCGAGGGAGCAAGUCGGCAUUCGACAAAAAAUAAGAAAAGAAAACCGAGGAAUCUCAUGGGAAGAUACAAGAAAAAUGCCACUGACCACAAGGGUGAUACAAGAGACACUAAGAGCAGCAAGUGUACUGUCCUUUACAUUUAGAGAAGCAGUACAAGACGUCGAAUUCGAUGGCUACUUGAUCCCAAAAGGUUGGAAGGUUCUUCCUCUUUUCCGGCGAAUCCAUCACUCCUCCGAAUUCUUCCCCAAUCCCGAAAAGUUUGACCCUUCUAGAUUCGAGGUGGCACCAAAACCUUACACGUAUAUGCCAUUUGGAAAUGGAGUGCACUCAUGUCCAGGAAGUGAGCUGGCUAAACUUGAGAUGCUUAUCCUCCUUCACCACCUCACUACUUCCUUCAGAUGGGAAGUGAUAGGAGGUGAAGAAGGUAUACAGUAUGGUCCUUUCCCUGUACCCAAGAAGGGUUUACCAAUAAGAGUAACCCCGAUUUAAGCCUAAGGCAUAGUUGGAUUUUUUUUUUAGUCGAAUAAGUCAUCUUUAAUUUC